GGCACAGCAGGUGCUCUGCAGUUGGUUCUCAUUCUCUUGUCUUCUUUCUGCAGAGGGCGUAUCGUGAGGGUGCCCAAAGGUCCUCUUAUUCGAGUCAUGGGCACGGAGGUGGUGAUCCCUUGCAGCGUUAGUGACUAUGAUGGACCCAGUGAACAGAACUUUGACUGGGAGUUCUCCCGGGAGACUGACUUUGUACGGAUAGUGAGUACCUGGGAUUCUACAUUCACCUCUGAGGAGUACCAAAACCGUGUGGGCCACGGGGAUAUCAAACUGAGACGGAGCAGCAACGAUGCUGUGGAACUUGUGAUUAGAAACAUCCAGCCAACUGACCAAGGGAGAUACAAAUGCACCACGCCCAGCACUGAUGCCACCGUUCAGGGAAAUUAUGAUGCAGAGGUCCAAGUGAAAGUGAUUUCCGAUGGCUUAUCGGUGAGUAGUUCAAAAGCACAUUCUUCAACGUCUCUCGGGUUGUCUGAGGGUGAUUCCUUCAAGUUGCGCUGCUCAGCAAUUACCACCUCACCGGAGCACACUCACCUGCAUGUGACUUGGCAGAUCAAAAGUGGAUUGGCUUGGCAGGACAUCUUAUCUUUGACUCAUGAGGGCAAAUUCCAGCUGGGUCCUGGCUAUGAAGAGCGCUACCGUAAUGGAGAUAUCCGCUUGGACACAGGAGCGAAUGACACGUAUCAGUUAUCUGUAUCCCAGGCCUCAUCGGUGGAUGGGGGUGCCUACAGGUGUCUUGUGAGCGAGUGGGUGAGAGGGGCAGACAGCUCAUGGCAGAAGAUUCAGGAGAAGAGUGUGGAGAUAGCAACUGUGACAAUCCAACGGACUGCUCUAGAUGUGGUCAUCUCAACAAGCAAUGUGUCUGUGACUGAAAGAGACUCCCUGGAUCUUACAUGCAACAUCACAACAGACAGGAGUGGUAUUUUCCAAGCGGAGGUGACGUGGUAUUUUUCUGCAUCACCUGAUGAUACCUUGUCAGAUGCUCAGGUUUUGCUGAGCAUGGACCGUGAUUCUGUUGUCAGUGAUUCAACUCUCAUCAGCCUGAGCCACGUAGAUAGGAACUCCUAUCGCCUGUUGGUGCGUGAUGUGGAUGUGGAAGACUCUGGCUACUACUUCUGCCAAGCAGCUGUCUGGGUACCACUGCACGAUGGGAGCUGGCAUAAGGUGGUGGAGAGGACAUCUGCACCAGUCAGUGUGGUGGUGACAGCGUUAGAGCCAGACUAUGAGGUGUUUCUAAAUGCCUCUAAAACACCCAAGUUUUCAGAUGACCCCACAGAGCUUAAUUGCAGGAUCACAAAUGCACAGGACACCGAAGCAAACAUCCGCUUCACAGUUUCCUGGUACUACAGGCAGCGCCUGCCCAGUGAUGAUGUGGUGGCAGAGGAACUCCUGGCCACGAUGGAUGCAGACUGGACUCUGCUGCUUGGGGACAGGAGCAGAGAGCGGACUCAGAAUGGAGAAAUAAUCUUCUUUAAAAAGGCUGUUGAUACCUUCAGUUUACGAAUCCAGUGGACUUCAGAAAGUGACAGAGGGGAUUAUUUCUGUGUCAUCUCUGCGUGGAGUAGGCACCGCAACAACAGCUGGGUAAAGAGCAAAGAUGUGACUUCUGCAUCUGUCAGCAUUUUCUGGGCUACACAAGAUUACACGCUUACAGUGGAGGCGGUGAAAUUGAAGCCAUUCUUUGUAGCAGGCCACACCUUUGAGAUGACAUGCAAAGUGUCUUCAAAAAACAUCAAGACACCACGCUAUUCUGUCCUCAUCACAGCUGAGAAGCCACUAACGGAUCAGUCGAAUCCCAAUGGAACCACUCGCAUAAUCUCCUUGAACCAGGAUUCAGUAGUGCGGCUGGAAGACUGGACAGACCAGACCCGUGUGGAUGGUGUGGUUCUGGAGAAGGUCCAGGAGAAUGAGUUCCGCUACAGGAUGUAUCAGACCCAGAUUUCUGAUGCUGGGCUGUAUCGCUGUGUAGUAACUGCCUGGUCUCCAGGUGGUGGUGGUAUGUGGCGUGAAGCAGUGAAUGGCUUAUCCAACCCUAUCCAGAUAGACUUCCAGAUGUCAG